CAGGUUCGAGGAGGCGCUGCUGGUCUCCGCCGCGCGUGCCUGCGCUCGCGGGGCCGAGGUCGUCUCAGGUGAGGGGGUCGCCCCGGAAGUAGCUGUAGCUGCGGCCCCGGGGGCUCGAGUAGAGGCUUGCGGCGGAAUUGAUAAGGAGGCGCGGCCUCUCCCAGGUCCCUGCAGUUUAUUCGCUUGCUCCCAAAAGCCAUGGCUAAAGGCAGGGUCGCCGAGCGAUCGCAGACGGAGCCACUCCAUGCGAACCCCACCGGGGACAGGACUGCGGGGACGCGGGAGCCCACGGCGCUGGGGACUGACCACCUGAAGGAAAAAGCCUGUGCAGAAGCUGGGUCAGCAAGAAUGUCGCUUCUUAUAUUGGUGUCCAUUUUCUUAUCUGCAGCUUUUUUUAUGUUUUUGGUAUAUAAAAAUUUUCCACAGCUUAGUGAAGAAGAAAGAGUGAAUAUGAAGGUUCCCAGAGAUAUGGAUGAUGCCAAGGCUCUAGGAAAAGUUUUAUCCAAAUAUAAGGACACCUUUUAUGUACAAGUACUUGUAGCUUAUUUUGCUACAUAUAUUUUCUUGCAAACAUUUGCUAUUCCAGGCUCUAUAUUUCUCAGUAUUCUCUCGGGAUUUCUUUAUCCCUUUCCACUAGCCUUAUUUCUCGUUUGUUUGUGUUCUGGACUUGGUGCCUCAUUCUGCUACAUGCUUUCCUAUUUAGUUGGAAGACCAGUUGUAUACAAAUAUCUAACAGAGAAAGCAGUAAAAUGGUCACAACAGGUUGAACGCCACAGAGAACAUCUCAUUAACUACAUCAUAUUUUUGAGAAUAACACCAUUUCUGCCUAACUGGUUUAUUAAUAUUACAUCUCCUGUGAUAAAUGUGCCAUUGAAAGUUUUUUUUAUUGGCACUUUUCUAGGUGUUGCACCUCCCUCUUUUGUGGCAAUCAAGGCAGGAACAACACUGUACCAGCUUACAACAGCAGGGGAAGCUGUUUCCUGGAACUCAGUAUUUGUCCUAAUGAUUUUGGCUCUUCUUUCUAUUCUGCCAGCCAUCUUCCAGAAGAAACUUAAGCAGAAAUUUGAGUGAAAAAUCAUCUGGGUUUUAGUUUUCUCAUCAUCAUCUUCAUCAUCGUUGUCAUUGUUAUUAUCAUCUCAGAACUGGCAGGUUCAUGUGUAAAAUUAUCUCUUCAGUAAUUGAAAUUUGUAAAACAAAAUUUAUUAUCCGACAGAAUAAUGCAUUUAAAUAGUAAGGGAGACACCAAAGGAAAAAAUAUACUAUGAAAAGGGCUGUCAGUAGAUAUCCUCUAAAUGACUGUUUCAAGGAUAUCGAUAAUUGAAAGCAGCAUAGCAGAAAAUUAUUGUCCCAUUUGACAAUGUAUUUCAUGUAUUGGCUAUACAUAUUUACCCUUGACUCGAUAACUUACUGGGUUUUUUUUUCUGUCUCUUACUAAUAACUAAAUAUGCAUAUGCAAAUGAAAGCAAAGAGCCUAGAUUUUUUAAAUUAGUACUACAAUUCUGGCUGGUGUUAGCCUGUUUCAAGGCAUAAACUUGCAAACUAAAACUCAAGCGAUUUACAUUUCCUCUGUUCCCUUAAGGUAAUUAAUUUGUUUAGAAGAAGUUGCAUCUUAGUGAACUAUUGGAUAUUGAUAUCAAAUUCAGUUUCAUGAAUCUCUUCCCCCUCCGUCCCGCCCUGUUAUCUUGGUUAUCAUGAAUCAGUCUGAAAUUUAAAUUGUGAUCAGUUUAUUUUUGACGUGUUUUUCUAUCCUUCACAAUAUUUUCACUGUGCAAUUAUAUGACAGUUGUAUCAUAUUGGUGUUGAUAAUUUAUACUCAGAUAAUAUUUUGUUACAUAGUUCCCCUUUACUCUCAGAUAGGGUCAGAAAAGCAAAUAGUCAAAGUGUGCUGUUUUUCAAUGUUAGAUUACAUUACUUUAAUAUUUUGGACCAGAAGCAGUAGUAGAGCAACAGUUUAAGUGGUUAAAUAUAAUUUAUUUGUUCCAAUGACUGUAAAAUUUACCUCAUUUGUUUAUUAGUCUGGUCUUUAGAGUAUGUAUUAUGUGAUUACCCUUAUGCAUGAUACACUUACAAGAAUGCCUUUUUUCAUAUCUAUUGAUGACUCUUUCGUUUGGGGCUAUUUUUUUGAUUAGUGCAGUUUCCUAAUUUAGUAUUUUACUCUUUAUAACUCAAAGUAAAAUUAAAAUUAGCAUCACCUGUUAACGACUCAUUUAAAUUGUCCUGGAAAAUCAAAACUUUUUUUUUUUUGCUGCCUGCUUAAUGGUAAUACUUUUGAUUUCUUGGUUCUAGGACAUAGCUGAUCUAAAGUAAAAUACUCUUGUCAGUUUUACCUUCAUCCAAGACUGUCGUGUUAAAAAGUACUUCAGCUGUGGGAGACAUCCCUAUAUGUUUUUAUUAUGAGAGAUAUGAUCAUUCUCAAAGCCUGUUUCUACUGCAUAAUGUGGACUGAUUCAUUAUUUUUUCUAUCACAGUAUUAACAAAUGGAUUUAUUGUAAAUACAAAGAAUAUAUUGAUUAAUAUACUAUUCUUAUGUCAUCAGACCUUUUGUGUGAAAUUAUUUAUUAUUUCAAGCAGGUUUUCUUUUCUUAUUAACUAGAGACUAAAUGAUAAAGCUUUAGUUAUUUUUCCAAAUAAACUUAAAACAUAGCUUUUUGGAGAAAGUUCACUAAAUGUUACUGUAUAAAAUGUAAUUGAGUACAUUUUUAUCAGACUUUUAACAAUAAAAGUAAAGGCUUAGACUCAAGAGAAGUCUCACUAUUUACUCCAGUGUGUUUAUAUUGUACUUAACUCUAUUCUCAGAGUAUUUAUCCUGUGUUUGACAUUUUAUUUUUUAUCUUUGCUGAUUUUUUUUUCGGUUAGAAAAUUGCAGCUGCCACUUAAGAUAGGGCAUAUUUUCUCGCAAGAGAAUAGGCAGUGUUACCAGAUUUAUACCAUCUCGAAAUGUCAAAGAAUCCUUCAGCAGACCGUCCUACCUGCAGAUGAUUUCCCAUACUUAUGGAUUCACAGAUUUGGCAUGAUUCAAGCUUCAGCCAUAUUCGAAGACAGUUCCAUAGAGCCUCAAAAGAACAAAUGUGUGUAGUAGGGAGGCCUGAAGCUAACUGGGAAUCUGCCGUACAAAGUGAGACUGUUCUCCUCUUAGUUAUGGCCUCUCUGGAGCUCUGUUUGAGUGUGAUAUUCUAAGGUACUUAAUAAAUGCAAACUGAAAUGUAAUAAUAAAUUAUACUGAAGAACGUGUA